AAAACUGCCAUACCCAGCGCAGACUUCGAAGAGGAAGCAGCCCAAGCCUUUCGAGCAAAAGGCCCUCCCCCCGAUAGUCUGGAAUACCUCUGGGGUGUCUUUUCUAUAGACUUAAUCUGUGGUCCGAGUUCGGACGAAACCUGUUCUAAUCCGAAGGGCUUCGCUUGAUAUCGUCAAAGUUGAAGAAUAUUUUUGUUUGUUGAGUGAAGGACUUCUUGAAACUUCAUACUUUGAAAAGAGGAUAUCUAGUGGACUUUAUACUGUGAGCCUUAGGGCAGGUCACAGCCCAAACAAGAACCCCAGAGGCGGCGUCGGAGGCGACGCCGAAGGAGGAGGAGUCGGCAGGGUUGGGCAAAAGAGGAGGGAGGAGGAAGAAGCCUUUGCAAAGCAACGAGGGUGUGCCGUUUGAGGGAGGCGUGCACAGACGCCACUGAGGCGAGAGAAUUAAUUACCGAGACGACGUGUCGAAGGAGACCUCCAGGAGGUGACCCGACACCUCUGCCAAUAUCGAAGUAUUGGCGUCGGGAGUGUGGGUAGCCGAAAUGGUUCGCAAUAUUUCCGUGUUCCCCUGGAGAGACAAAUGCAUCUUAUUCCAUCCUGUUACUAUCGGCUGUGGGAUAGCGGGCGGUACCACUAUCUCAUAGUACCCGAUCGCUUUCAAGUCAAACUGAAGUACUCGUGAACGACGCCGAAGAUCCAAAAAACCUUUUAUUUCACGCAGAUCAAGUGAACUCUGAGGGGUGGGGUGGGCUUUUGGGGGUUUCUUUCGGUGGUGCGGGGUUAGGGGGGGUUGCGGUCGGUGACGAAAGAUUAAGCAAAAUUCAGUUGUGGCGGUUUAUUGUUUGCUUAAUGAUCGGAAUGAAAAAUUGGACUGUGGACUGGUUAAAAUUCAUACUCCUUUGGCAGAGAAACCGCAAUUUGCAUUAUUGGCAUUGACCAUUCGACGAAUCCCGGGGGCCACUCUUUAAAUUUCGGAUAAAUGUAUCUGGAAAUCGAAAUUGAUCAUAAUCGGGGAACUAACAAGAAAUUGGUGACGCUCAAGGUAGAGGAGGAAUCGGAUCGAAUCAAGAUGAAGUUUGACAGGAGGCCAGAUUUUGACAUCCCGGAGUUCCGGCUCUUGAAGAGACGGAGGGCCAAGGAACAGAAAAAGAGCGACGGUAGCGCCAGCUUCCUGAGGGCGGCGCGUGCGGGCAACUUAGAGAAGGUGCUAGAGUUCCUGAAGACAAACACAGACAUCAAUACUUGUAACGCUAAUGGUCUGAAUGCCCUCCACUUGGCCAGUAAAGAGGGACAUGUUCAUGUUGUCACAGAACUGCUGCAGCGGGGCGCCAGUGUCGAUGCUGCCACCAAGAAGGGUAACACCGCUCUCCACAUUGCCUCCCUUGCUGGACAGGAGGAGAUAGUCAAAGUGUUGGUGCAGCAUCAGGCACUCGUGAACAUUCAGUCACAGAAUGGCUUCACUCCAUUGUAUAUGGCAGCACAAGAAAAUCAUGAUAAUGUUGUGCGAUUCCUUUUGGCAAAUAACGCAAAUCAAAGUCUAGCUACUGAGGAUGGGUUCACUCCCCUGGCAGUCGCCCUUCAGCAGGGACAUGAUAAAGUGGUGGCAGUUCUGCUUGAAAAUGAUACCAGAGGUAAGGUGCGCCUUCCAGCCCUCCACAUUGCUGCUAAAAAAGAUGAUACCAAAGCUGCAGCACUCCUCCUUCACACAGACCACAAUCCAGAUGUCACAUCCAAAUCAGGUUUCACACCACUUCACAUUGCUGCUCAUUAUGGUAAUGAAAAUAUUGCUAAUCUCCUCAUUCAGCGUGGAGCAGAUGUAAACUACAUUGCUAAGCACCAAAUUACCCCUCUACAUGUGGCUUCAAAAUGGGGCAAAGGAAAUAUGGUAUCAUUGUUAAUAGACAAAGGGGCAAACUAUGAGGCCAAGACACGAGAUGGCCUUACACCUCUUCACUGUGCUGCGAGAUCAGGUCAUGAAACUGUUGUUGAUAUGUUGUUAGAAAAGGGUGCACCAAUCACUAGUAAAACUAAGAAUGGGUUAGCUCCUCUUCACAUGGCCUCACAAGGUGAUCAUGUUGAUGCUGCUCGCAUCCUUCUGUACCAUAAGGCUCCUGUCGAUGAUGUGACUGUUGACUACCUUACUGCGCUUCACGUUGCAGCUCACUGCGGUCAUGUUCGAGUUGCAAAGCUGCUGUUGGAUCGUAAAGCUGAUCCGAACUCUCGAGCUCUUAAUGGUUUUACUCCAUUGCACAUUGCUUGUAAGAAGAACAGAAUCAAAGUGGUAGAGUUACUCCUCAAGCAUGGUGCUAGCAUCGAGGCAACCACAGAGUCUGGUUUGACUCCCCUUCAUGUCGCCUCAUUCAUGGGUUGCAUGAAUAUUGUCAUAUACCUGAUUCAGCAUGGAGCCUCUGCUGAUGUUCCAACUGUCCGAGGAGAAACUCCACUCCACCUUGCUGCAAGAGCAAACCAGACGGAUAUUAUUCGUAUUUUGCUCAGGAAUGGUGCACAAGUGGAUGCCAGAGCUAGAGAGCAGCAAACAGCCCUCCAUAUUGCAUCUCGUUUGGGGAACAGUGAUAUUGUAGUUCUUUUACUACAACAUGGUGCAGCAGUGGAUGCCACAACUAAGGAUCACUAUACAGCCUUGCAUAUUGCUGCAAAGGAAGGACAAGAAGAAGUUGCAAGUGUACUCUUAGAACAUGGGGCUUCUCUUACAUCAACAACAAAGAAGGGUUUCACUCCAUUACAUCUGGCUGCUAAGUAUGGUAACAUGAAAGUUGCAAGACUCUUGUUACAGAAAGAUGCACCUGUGGAUGCCCAGGGAAAGAAUGGUGUUACUCCACUUCAUGUUGCAGCUCAUUAUGACCACCAGAAUGUAGCAUUAUUGUUAUUGGACAAAACUGCCUCUCCACAUGCAACAGCAAAGAAUGGUUACACUCCUCUACAUAUUGCUGCUCGUAAGAACCAGAUGGAUAUUGCUACUACUCUUCUUGAAUUUGGUGCAAGUGCCAAUGCAGAAUCAAAGGCUGGUUUUACUCCUCUACAUCUAAGUUCACAGGAGGGACAUACAGAUAUGGCAACUUUGCUCAUCGAACACAAUGCUUCUCCUGGUGCAUGUGCCAAGAAUGGUCUAACUCCUUUACACCUGUGUGCUCAAGAAGAUCGUGUCAAUGUUGCUGCAAUUCUUGUAAAGCAUGGUGCCCAGAUUGACCCAGUGACAAAAGCUGGCUAUACACCACUUCAUGUUGCAAGUCAUUUUGGACAGAUGAAUAUGGUACGUUUUCUGCUGCAGCAUGGUGCCAAAGUUGACUCCACGACACAGCUUGGGUACACACCACUUCACCAGGCAGCUCAGCAAGGACACACACAGAUUGUCAACUUGUUGCUAGAAAAUAAAGCUGAGCCUAAUGCUGAGACUAAUGAUGGAAAAACGGCUCUCAGUAUUGCACAACGACUUGGUUACAUAUCUGUUGUAGAAACCUUGAAGAUAGUGACAGAAACCACCAUUACUACAACUACAACUACGGUCACUGAGGAGAAAUACAAGGUGGUGGUGCCGGAGACAAUGCACGAAACAUUCAUGAGCGAAUCUGAAGAUGAAGGAGGUGACGACAAUCUGGUCUCCUCCAUGUUUGGUAAGCAGCAGCACGUCACGCUCCCCUACUAUGAAGGACAAUUUCGCUAUACCAGUGAUGACACAAUGCUGGGUGAUCAGUCAUACCGUUACUUGACUGUUGAUGAGAUGAAGUCACUUGGUGACGAUUCUCUGCCCAUUGAUGUCACUAAGGAUGAAAAAAUGGAUGUGUCCUUCAUUAGUAAUUCUAUGGCAGCACCUCCUGUAGCACCAGCAGAUCAGCUAAGCCCUCAGCAUCAGAAAGAGCAGCAGUAUGCCCAGUUUACAGCCUCUUAUCCAUCAGACAAUGUGGAUAUUGCCAAGACUCCAAUACUCGCUGGGCCGGAGUCGCUCAACACCACCCUCAACACAACUGUUGAUUCUGCUGUGCUAGAGCCACAGAUCUUCACCACUCAGCUGGCCUCUAAGUUAUCUGCUCAAGUAAAUCAAGGCCCACUUCAGCAUGAAAUGCAAGGUCAAGUUUCAAAAACUCAGGGUGCACCAGGCCAGGGUAAAGGUAGCAAGAGCACAACUGCUCAAGGUCCAACUUCACAGGUUGUAACUGCUGAAGUUACUAAUGUGAAGGGGACAGCUCCUCAGAUGAAAACUAAGAAGGACAGAUCUGUCAAAGGUACAACUGCUGCUAGUACAGUUGUUGUUCAGGGCACAGCUGUUGAGGAUGCAGCACCUCAAGUUAUGACAGAUCAAAUCAUUAGUGGCCAGAUGACCUCUGAUCAGGUCCCAGCAGAACCUGAAAAGGCAGUUGAGAUGCUCGUUGGGUGGGAAGGAGUGAGCCUGAACAGCCUUGCGUCCUGUCUAUCGGCUGGGACCAACACCUCGGGCAUGUGGCGCGACAGGUUCCUUGUGAGCUUUAUGGUGGAUGCUAGGGGUGGAGCCAUGCGUGGCUGCCGUCACUCUGGUGUUCGUGUCAUCAUCCCACCAAGGAAAGCUGCAAUGCCAAUGAGAAUUACUUGUCGUUACUUGAAGAAAGAUAAGCUUGUCCAUGCUCCACCACUUAUGGAAGGGGAAGCUUUAGCUUCAAGGAUUCUAGAAAUGGGACCAGCUGGUGCCAAAUUUUUAGGCCCAGUGAUCAUUGAGGUUCCACAUUUCGCCUCACUACGUGGUAAGGAACGCGAAAUUGUGAUUCUGCGGUCAGACAAUGGCGAGACUUGGAGAGAGCACACCCUAGAAGCUACAGAAGAAGCAGUUCAGGAAGUUUUAAAUGAAAGCUUUGAUGGAGAAGAAUUAAAGCAGCUAGAAGAUCUGAAUACUAAUCGCAUCACUCGAAUUCUAACAACAGACUUCCCUCAGUACUUUGCCAUUGUCACUCGUAUCAGACAGGAGGUACAUGCAAUAGGUCCUGAAGGAGGAAUGGUUUCUUCAACUGUAGUACCCCAAGUUCAGGCUGUGUUCCCACAAGGAGCACUUACAAAGAAGAUCAAAGUGGGACUUCAGGCACAACCAAUUCCAACAGAUCUGGUGGCUAAGUUGUUAGGUAAUCGUGUUGCAGUGUCACCAAUUGUUACUGUAGAACCUCGAAGACGGAAGUUCCACAAACCUAUAACUUUAACCAUCCCAGUGCCUCAAGCUGCUAGUAAAGGAAUGAUAAAUCAGUACUCGGGAGAGGCACCUACUUUACGUCUUCUCUGCUCGAUUACAGGGGUGUUUCGGAAAAGAUCUUUGAAAGGCGGCACAACCCGUGCUCAAUGGGAGGAUGUCACAGGCUCUACCCCUCUCACUUUUGUCAACGAUUGUGUCAGCUUUACUACUACAGUUUCUGCACGAUUUUGGCUGAUGGAUUGUAGUAAUAUACCUGAAGCAACUAAAAUGGCCACUGAACUAUACAGAGAAGCUAUACAUGUGCCUUUUAUGGCUAAGUUUGUGGUAUUUAGCAAGAGACACCAGUUGGAGGAAGCAAGAGUUCGCGUAUUCUGCAUGACUGAUGAUCGAGAAGAUAAAACAUUAGAAAAUCAGGAAAUGUUUGUUGAGGUUGCAAAAUCCCGGGAUGUGGAAGUUUUAGAAGGUAAGCCACAGUUUCUGGAGUUUGCUGGUAACCUCGUUCCAGUUACAAAGUCUGGGGACCAACUUGCCUUCAAUUUCUAUGCGUUCCGUGAAAACCGCCUUCCAUUUACUGUUCGAGUGAAGGAUCAGCAUGCUGAUUGCAUCGGAAGAGUUGCCUUCAUGAGGCAACCCAAGGAUGGUCGUUGGAAGAAAGCUUCACUAGUUAGCCUGCUAAAACCCCCUGUGUUUCAGGUUGGGCGUGGUGACCCCCCUCAGACCCCCAUCUGUAACCUCAACAUUGCCCUGCCUGACAACAUCCAGCCCGAGCCUGCGCCCUCAGAACCUGACCUUCUCGCGUUGGAGAAGAAGUACUCCUUCCUCUCCAUUAGUAAAGCAGACACCAUUCAUAAGGCUGAUCUUCGUUUGACUGACAUAUCAAAUAUGUUGGGCACUGACUGGGUUGGUCUUGCACGAGAGUUGGAGAUCAGUGACUCUGAUAUCAAUAUCAUCAAAUCACAGUAUCCAGAUAAUGCUCCACAGCAGGCUAUUGUUAUGCUCAGGCUUUGGAUGCAAACAUCUGGCAAUAAGGCAAAUGGAAAUACACUUGAAAAGGGUCUGAGGAAAAUUGGCAGAGAUGAUAUCGUUAACCAGUGUAUUUUCAAUGUUGAACUUGUCACAGAUGAUAUUGAAAGAGCAAUGGCUAAGGCUCAUUUAGACCAGUCUGGAUUUGAAGCUUUCAGGGAAGAACUUGGACCAUCAAGGGAUGCCACACUUAAUCGUGAUAUUUCACUUGAUGUAUCAUAUGAUGAGCAGGACAUGAUGAAGCGCCUUAAGGAAUUACGGGAAGCAGAAAGUGCUGAGGAGGAAGAAGAGAACCAAAGAACUUAUCAGGAGAAGACCAGUCGAGAGCAGCGGGCACCUGACAUGUCUCCAACUUACGAGAGUGAAGAGAAGAAGUAUGCUGGGGAGGAAAAAAUUGUUGCUGAGGAUAAAGUAACAAAAGUCAUGAAAGAUGAACCCACUGUUAUUGCAACUACAACCAUUGUUGAACAACCAGAUGUCCAGUCUAAGAAAGAAGCUGUUAUUGCUGAAGUAAAAAAAGAUGUAAUAGAGGAAAAAGCACCUGCUGUAGUAGAACCUACUGAAAAAAUGAAGGAACAGAUGGCAGAAAAAGUUGAGGAAAGAGUUUUAGAAGAGAAAGUUGAAGAAAAGCCUAUAGUAGACAUAGAAAAACAUGUCGAAGUUGUUGAUAAAUUACAGGAAUCUAAGCUUAGAUUAGAUGAAAAAGCCCCUGAAGCUCUACCUCCCUCUAAAAUGCCUGAAGAUAAAACAGUAACCACAACUAAAGUAGUUGAGGGCCCAGAUGGCACAAUCAGCACCACCACCACCAUUACUACAGAGAGAAGAUCCUUUGUAACUUCAGAUGACGGUGCUGUUCAGGAGGACAUUGUAAUAGAAAAAAGAACCGCUAAAGUAGCUGAUGGCAUGACAGCUGAAGAGGAUAAAUCAGAUAUUUUGCAAAGACUAGGGGAGGAGUUAGGAAGACUAGAUGAGAAACUGGAGGAGAAAUUCAAGGAGAAGAGAAAAACAGAGGAACCAGAAGUGACACAAGAAGAAGUAAGCGAGGCUUCAGUAGUGGCCACCCGUCGUGAAGGUCAGGCUCAUCCUACCUCACAAGUUGUGGUAGAACAUGAUCCAUCCACUAUCUCUACAACCACAACUACAACUGUCAAAACUUCCAGCAUCUCUCCUACCCCAGAAGGGUUCACUCAGACGUCUGUUGAGAAAAGCCAGAUGUCCUCUACACGGGGCACCGCUGAUGUGAGCACUGCGGGCACCACAAUCACUACUGGACAACUUGUUGGGGACACUAUAUUGCAGGCGGGGCCAGUCCUGACCCCCCAGAUGUCGCCCCAACCUGUGGACAGAAGGCUAGCCCAGCAGGUUGCAUUAAGCCAUGCAAAGCAAGAUCACCGGCAAGUUUUCUCCAAAGUAACAACAAAUGAGGAGGAAAAGUAUGGAAGAACUGAAGAGCGUGGUUGUAGUCCCAUUACUGUUCUUGAGGGUCGGGCUGCUGAAGGGGAUAACAUACCGAUAAGGCCACUCUCUAGGAGUGGUGCUCAUACAAUAACUACCACUACUAGCUGGGGUGCACCUGUAUCGACUACAACUAGUAUUCAAGUAGAUGAUAGUAAAACAGAUAAUUGUGUGCAAUUGACAUUGCAUUCAGAAAGUCAUGUAACCCUUCAUGCCCCUGGAGAGAUAUGGGGAGAAUUUCCAAAGGUCAAGCAGGAGGAACACCUGGAAGAUCCUUGUAUGAUUGUCUCAUCAAGGGAUCCUGUAGUAUUUACCGAUGAAGACUCAAACAUUAUUUAUUCAGGAAAGAUGCUUGAAGCAGUGGAAUAUGACAGUGAUGAGUCCAUAAAAGGAAAAGAAUACCAAAAAGAAGUAAUGAAGAGUAUAUCAGGGAUUCAAAGUCAUCAGAAUGAAUGUGAAGAAGAUAUUAGUGGGGGCAGCAGUAAUCAGCAGAUUCCAUCCAAUAUAGAUUAUAGAGAUCUCGCAGUAAGUGCUUUAAGGAAAGUGGAAACUUCCAUGUUGAGUGAUAGAACUCUGGUUUCAAGAGGUGAGACAGAGACUUUAAGAGUAGAGGAAACACCACCACUAAUUACUACAGUAGACAAAUGUAUGAUUCAUGACUCAGCAGAUAAAUUUUCGACUGUUGCUUCUUUAUCACCAGAGUGUGAGGAAAUUCACUUAAUGCAAUCUUCACUUGUGGAAGAGUUACAUGCUGUCUGUGAUAAUUCAUUAGUGUUAAGUGAAGAUUAUGUAUAUGUUGCUAAUGAAAGUUUAGCACCAUCAGCACACCGUCCAACGACAUUAAUGAUUACUUCGAAUUCUAAUGAAUCGACUGACGAUGCAGAAUGCAUAACGAACGACCCCACGAAGAAUGGUGGGGAAAACGAGAAAUCUCAGGAUCUUAAACGGGAUACAUGUACUGAAGGGAUGGAAAUGACAGUUCAUCUACAAGGUGCUGGAACAGGUCAUGUUGCUGUAGGAAAUGAGCAACUUCUUUCAGAAGGUGGUGCAAUUCCUCGGCCUGAACGUCCUUCACGACCAGCACCUCGAACUACUACGUUAGUAAAGGUUAAAGUAGAAAAGAGACCUGUUGGUAGUCAUUCACAAGUUCGAGAAAGAUCUCAUGAAUCUCAGCCAGUGCUUCAUGUACCAUCUGUUGAGGAGGAAGUGCGAGGUUUGAUGCAAGAAGUAAAGGAAGCAACUAGUCAGAUCAAACAGGAAGUCAAGGAGUUACGCCAGGCUGACACCCCAACUCCUGAUACUCCUACUCCACUCAGAGAGUUUAGGGAGUUCCUAAACAGAGAAGAGGAGCAAGAGCAAGAACGACUACCAACGAUAAAGGAGAUGUGUCGUGAAAGUGAAGAAGAUGCCUCUCUCAAUGCAGGAGGGACCCAUGAGGCAACUCACAUUACUGAGCAGCAGCCAACCUCUCUCUCCCACGACCAAGCCUCUUCCGGCCUUCCAACGUCGGGCAUCAAGGCAGGCUCAGAGCACAGCAAGAGUAAGCUAAGAGAAGCUGAUUUGGCUGUACUGGACAGCAUGGUGACAGUCCAGAAAGCAGAAGUUGAAGAGAUGAGUUUUAUCCACGGUCAAGAUGGUGGACGAGAUUUUGAGGUAUCAGAAGAUCAAGUCAUGGUGCAACAAAGUGUGGGUUCAAAGGCUGGUAUAAAACUGGAGCAACCACCACAGCAAUCUCAACUCCAAUCUCAGGUUAUUGAUUCACAUAAGAAGAAUGAUUUUGGAGUCCAUCAGUCCCAAUACCAGGACCAGGUUGAAGACAAAUUUUCUGUGCACAAGGAUAAGACACAAACAGUAGAACAGAAUGCUCCUCAAACUUGGUUACCUGUCCAUGCUGAGCAAUUAAUUGGUAUGGAAGGAACUAGUCAUAGUCAGUCCGAAUGCCAACAACAGUUUAAACCUUCCCAACAAAUUGAUAGUAAAAUGCAAAUGCAUCCUUCUGCUCCCCUAACUCCUAAAGUUGACACUGGAGCAAUCAUUGUCCAGGCUCAGUCUGUUCCUUAUGUGCAAACUGAAGUUAAGACUUUAACACCAGUGCCUCUUAAAAGUGAACUUCCAGGGCAUGUGCAUGAACCUGGAGCAGCACAUGGAUUUGACUCAGGAACUAUUCAAUCUCAACCUCAAGAUCAGAUACAAUUUCAGUCUUCACAAAUUAAAAAUACAAUACUACAAUGUCAAGGAUCAGUUCAGAGUACUCCACAAAUUCAAAAGGAUAUUCACAAAGAAAUUACUGUUAGCUCAGAAACCAGACUGCCAUCAGUGAUAGAAACAAAUGUAUAUGAAGAGUCGAUUCCAAAGAAAUAUGAUGUACAAUCUAGUAUACUCCCACAGAUUCAAGACCAAGUAAAUGUCCCACAGGUUCCAGAACAGGAGCAGUAUGGAGUACAUCAGUUACUAGCUAAACAAAUACAAAGAGAAAGUCAGUCUACAAAACAGUCUUCAAAAAGUCAGGUUUCUUUACUUGCUCAAAAACCUGUCAUAGACUUGCAUACAGAUAUAGGAGAUUUAAGUAAAAGAGUUGCAGAUGUAGCAUCUUCAAUGGCCUCCACUCUAGAAAGUAUUACUGCUGUUGCUGAAGGUCUAGAGGGAAGUCAUCUUUCAAGUGAUGAAGGUGAAGAACAACUUAUGCUGAUGCGUGAUUCUCCACGCUGGGAAGAUGAAGAGAUACAAGCUGAGGACACUGAUGAACCCAAAGCUAUAAAAGCUGAAAUCAAACUUCUUGUUAAAACAACUGAAGUUGGCAAAGAGUCUAUAGAAAUAAGGAGCAUUCGAGAAUUUGUGGAGACAGGAGAGAAAAGUUUAUCAGGUUUUGGAGCUAUACAUUCUGGAAUACCUGAAGGAGGAAGAUUAACACCUAGUGGUAGAAUAACACCAAGUGGGAGAAUAACACCAAGUGAAAGAAUAACACAAUCAGGUGAAAGGAUAUACACAAUUCAGAGAGGUUCACCAGAUAUGCAUUCCUCAGGCCCCAGGUUUGUUCGACAGCAGCAUUCGUCCACUAGUUCAUCCUUCUCACAUCACACACAAGAUGAAUUUGAUCUCAUGGCUCAAGUGCGAGACGGUGGCCUUGAUGAUGGUUGUCCUGAAGCACAAGGCAUGGAGUGGGAGGGAAAAAGUGUAGACCGCAUGUAUACUGAAACAGUUGUGCAGACUAGAUACUCCAUGCCCCCUACGGUGGACACCAGCGAGGGUGUUGCCCUUUCCUCUUCCUCCAAAAACCUAACCUCAGCUGACCUUAAACUACCAACUACCCAUCUCUCUUCAGACCUGCCCCACCCAACCAACAUUUAUUCCCAAGAUGAUUCCUCCAAUGACCUCACUUACUGGCCUCAGCCCAUUCACUCAAGUCAGGAAACACCCUUUCAUCUGCAUGAAAUUCCUCUUGUAGAACCCCAGAACUUUGAUAUUUCUCCGUCUUCUGUUACUAAGCUAUCUGACACUUUACUUCAAGAAAAAGGGCAUACUAAGAGCUCAGAAGUUCCUUCCCAGAUGGUGUCAUCUCCUUCUGCAGCAUCUCUGCAGUCUGAAAGUGUUGCUCCAUAUACCAGAACUGAUGAUAUACCUGCUGCCAGUGUAACUUUUAAUACAAGCAGUACUUUCAUGUCCAUAGGACCAGUGUCCCCUACAGAGGAUUCAAGUGAAGAUCAUGCUGAAAUUGACCGUACAAGUACUGAACUUUCUCCUGACAGUGUACGAUUUGAGCAAGAUAUUCUAGAUACUAAAACUGAAGAUGAAGCUCCUGAUUUAGAUGAUGAUUAUUUGCCAGCUUCACCAGUUUUAGGACAGGAGCUAAGUGAUCGCAUAUUUUCAGCUGAGGUGACUGAGGACACAGACAUUACAACUCCUAUGGAAAUGCGUGAUUCACAUACUGAAAGAGAUGCUACAGCAUCAAAUUUAGGGUCUGUGGAAGACAAAGAAGGCACUGAUGGAAAAGUGGAUUUACCCAAAGAAUGUUUACCAUCAGAUUUAAUGGGAGAGGAUAGUUUUACUUAUUUGUGUCAAGAAACAGCUGAAAUUCAUAGCAGAGUUGUAAAAUUACAAGAACUAGUAGAUUACCAUAAAGUAGAUCUCCAGACUGCAAGAUCAGAAGCUGAAACAAUUCAAAACACAAUUGAUGAUAUUAGGGAAGCUGUGAAAAAUAGUGCUUAUGAAAAUAAUGAAGAAUUUUAUAAUAAAACUAAAGAUAUAGUUGCUACUAUAUCAUCUGUAUCUGAUAAUUUGUCUAAAAUUAUGCUUAAAUUACAUUCACCAGAUCAGGGGUGUUCUGAAAUAGGAAGCCAUGCCGAGGUAAAAUGUGCAUCUAGUAAGACAGAAUUUGAUAUGGUAGAGGCUGAAUCACCAAAGGAUGGGAGCCCAUCAGACUCUAAUUUACAAGAUCAGAGCCUAUCAGAUCUUCUGGAUUCAGAUGACAUUAAUCGUGACAGCCUAGAGGAAGAAUUUGACAGACUGGCUGCUCAUCUUAGUUUGUCUCCAAGUGCGGAUGAUAUUGGUGGUGUUUCACAGAAAGUAACCCAAAUAUCUUCUCCCGAUGUGCCACUUUUUCCUGUUUCUUCUUCUGUUGUUUAUCCCUCCAAACCUCCCGAUGCUUUACAGGCCACACAACGGGAACCAGAUGUGGGAGUGGUGUUUACAGAGCGUAAAGAGUAUGGGGGCGGGGUGAAGCCACCUGCAGAGACAACUGGCGGACACUCGCACAUUUCACCCUCCCAGAUCCCUCAUCCUUCCCAAAGCUCUAAAUCUCAGUCCUUUACCAAACAAAAGCUACCCAGUAAAAUUCCAGCAACUGAGCAACAACAUCGGCCCCUUGAAGCAUCAACUUCCCUACCUAGUAGACCAGUGAGACGUCAUGAACGUACUUUAUCUCAAGCAACAAAUAUAUAUACUGGAACAAUUCCUCCAGAGUCAAAACAAGACCAAAAGAGAGAUGAAAAAGAAACUAUAGCUGAAGAAACAGAUGGGAUCAGUGAAAAUAUAAAACCAUAUUCAGAACGGAAGCAAUUUUGGGAAAGUGUAACAUCACAGUCUUUUGAAUCCAAAGGCAGCCAACUUCUUAAAAGUGAAACAGAAAGUGAUACUGAUACAACAGGUACAGAUGGGACAGUUAUUGAGAGGCAAGUGUUGCCAGAAAAAAGUCCCACUGUUGCUGAAAGUUUUGAUUCUGAGGAGGACUAUGUGGCUCAUCGAGAAGACCCAGCCUUUUAUGAAAAUCAAGGAUUUGUUGGUACAGAAAAAAUAGAUCUACCGAAAGAAACUGCAAGGGAAGGUGCAGUCAGUCCUUUUGAAGUCUUCAGGGACAAAGACCACAAAGAAGACAUACAAUCACCUGAAGAUAUAGCAUUUAAAGAUGUGUCUUCCAAGAGAGCCCUAUUUGAAAAGGAAAUUAAAAGACAGUCGAUGGAAAUUGAAGAAAGCCAGUCAUGGAAACGAUCCUCCAAAGAAUAUGAUGAAACUGUUGUGAUAUCAGAAGAGUCUGCUUCCAGUUUACUGCAAAAAAAGGAAGAAAAAGAACAUAAAAUCCGAGAAAUGGAAGAGAAGAAAAGGAAAGAAAAAACUGAAAUAAAAGAAGAACUGAAAUCUGUCACGGAUAUUAAAAGCAGAGUUGAAUCAAAAAUGGAAAAGAGCAGUGGUGUUACUGACUAUUCAGAAACAUCAGAAUCUUCUCGGUUACAUGAAGAAAAAAUGGAAAGUAAAGAUAAGAAAAUAAUAUCUGAUGUAUCAAAAGGUGAUAGGAAAACUAUCACUCAGACUGAUAUAUCAAAAGAAAAGAAGGAAAAAGAGUGCAUAGAAAAAAUGAUUCAUGAGAGAAAAGACAGUCAUAGUGGAACAUUUUCAAAAACUGUUUCAACAUCAGAAGAAAAAGUUGAAAGCUCAUCAGAAGCAAAGGAAGUAAUACAUACAAAGUCUGAAGACCAAGAUACUUCACGAGAUGAAAUUACAGAGGAAGACAUGACCAGAACAGAGGAAACAUCAGAUGAAGAACCUGAUGAUGUUCUAGGGACUGAUAAAGUAACAGUUAAUAUAACUGAAGAAACACGACAGCUUGGUGACACUCAUGAAACUAUAGUGAGAGAAACCACCACCACACGAGAUGGGGAUCAAGAGCAAAGAAUUAUCAAGGAAACCAAGACUCAAGAAACAGUUAUGGCUGAUGGGUCCACAGUUAAGACAACAUCCAUUACCACAUUUACAACUCAGUUAGAUGCCAAAGACUCUGAGGAUGAAUCUGAGGGUUUAUCAGGCAUGAGACAUGGAAAACCCUCUUCAGAAAAAGAAAGUAGUAAAGCCAGAACUGCUAAGGAAAAAUCUGCAGCAUUUGUUGAACAACAAAUGAAAUCUGACAUAUUUUCACAAGAGCUAUCAUCAUCUGCUGAAGACCAAAGUCCUGAGCAUAAAGUGAUAACUCCAAAAGAUAUAAGAGCCCCAGUUUCACUUCAGACACACAGAGUUGCCCAGUCCUUAGCAAGUCCAAUUUUAGUUCCUGAAGAAAACAUUCAGGAUGUUAUUUGGGAGGCUUCACAAGAGAGAUCUGACAGUUUUAUCUCAGAAACAGUUCAGGAUAUCCCUGUGCAACAAGCAUAUGAGCAUCAUCUUAUAAAAGACAUCUCCCAAGAUAGCAAAAGCACUUCUGAUAAAGCUAGGAGAAAAUCAAGUGGUUUAGAAAAAACAAAAUUAAGUGAGGAGGAAGCCAGAAAACUUGCUAUUGAAAUUGUAGAGGAAGUGAAGCAGGAGGCUGUGAAGAGGUCACCUUUAGUAACUCCCUCCCAGACUGUGAAGGAUUUUCCUGCAGAAUACAUCCCAGAUGAUGAAUUUGAGGAAGAAUUACCAAGGCUUCCAAAAAUGAAAGCAGGAGCUGCAUUUACAAAAGAAACGAGCAGUAAAAUUGAAAAGUAUAUUCAAGAGCAAUUAGGAGAUGAUAUGGAUGAAAAGCAGUUGAGACUUAUUGAAUCUGUUACAGCUAGAAAAGCAGAACUGCUGCAGAGAAAACUUAUAGGCAGUGACUACCAACAGAGUAUGGAAAUCACCGAUGAAGAUUUGCGAUCUAGUGGAGCAGAGUUAUCUCCAAUUGAACAUCAGAUGGAACGUUUGCGACAAAUGACUGAAGAGGAAGAUAAUCAGCGUUAUCCUCGAGAACCAUCAGAGGCAGAUGAAAGUGAAAGCUCAAUGAUUAUCCAUGACAGUGUAGAUGAUGUGUCUAGUGAGUAUGAUCAAGCAAACCAGAUGAUUACAAAAACACUAGAUGCACUUAAAGGUACAGAUAUAACGAAACAUAAAAGUAUAGAUACAAUUGAAGAAAUUCCAGAGGAAAGGGAAAGUAGUCAUUUUGAUGGAAGGGGUUUAACAGAAAUAAGUAAAACAGAAGUUAAAGAAACUGCUCGACAGCUUGUAAAGGAGGUAACUGAAAAAGCUCAAGAAUCUGAAGCUGUAAAACAAGCUUCACUGGCUGCUGCAGAACUUACAAAAGGAGCACCAGGAAGUUUAGAACACAGCAGAACUCCAAGUCCAAAGCCAGGCUCCCGAAAAGGUUCAUGGAUGGAUGAUGAAGAGCUGAGACGGGAAUUUCGGAGGGAUUAUGAAGAUAAAAAAAAAAUGUUUAAGGAAGAAAUGACUUCUGAUAAACAAGAGGAGGUGUUUGACGAAGGACCAUCUUCAGCUGAAGGAAUGAAAGAUACAAGGGUUUAUCAUCAAAAGAGCAGUGAAUCCCAUAAGGAGGUACACAUGGAAUCAAGUAUGACUGAAAGUAUGGAAGAAUCAAGUACUGUAGAAAGUUUUCGAUCUUUUGAAGGGAAAAUGAAAUCUGAGGUUACAACAUCUGUGAUAAAAGAGGUUAGAGAAAUUGAUUCUGACAAGAAGGAAGAAAAAUUAUCAUCUGGCAGUCAAGAAGAAGUAGUUUUAAGGAAAAAAAAAACUCACAUAGAUGAAUUUAAUCGGCGUUCUGGCACAGAUUUUGAUGCAUAUUCUAGUUCUGGUGAAAGUCACUAUUUUACAGCAGCAGAAGGUACAUCAGAUAGUCGCACUGGAAGUAGACCUUGUUCAUCAGAUGUAGAAGCCUUAAUGUCUGACCGCACUACAACUGGUACCUCGGAGUAUGAUACAGCACUUACUUCUCAAGAUACAUCUCAAUAUUCUAAUUAUUCCACAACAUCUCAGGAAUAUCGCACGGCUGCUAGUUCAAUGAGUUCAAGAGAUUCAAUGAAAUCUAUAGAUUCUGAAAGCUCAGGAAAUCUAGCUAGCAUAGAACUUAGUGAAGCCUCAGAGACUUUAGUACCUUCAGCUUUAGAACUAGAGAGGGAUAUGGAUCUUCUUGAGCAAGAGUUAUAUGAAGAGGAGAUGAUACAGUCUGCUCAGUCACAUCAACCUGUCAUACCACAACUCACAAUUCAGUCUGAUACACCAAAAUCUGAGGAUGCACCAGGCACAUUUGACCUAGAAUCAGAUGAUGCGGAAUAUGAACAGGAAACUAAAGAUGAGGAUUUUGAUGAUUCAGUACAUACAACGUCAAAAAUGAAGAGGUCCAUGGAAAUGACUUUUCAUCCAGAACCAAAGGCACUGAUUGAUGAAAAGAAACAGCCAGUUGCUGAAAGUGUUGCUUCAAGUCUAGAGGAGAGCACUUUAUCUGAAUUAUCCAUGACCACAGUUGUAGAACAGGAGAAAAGUUUACAGGGUUCUACAACAGAUUCCAAUAUGACAGCAUCAAGUGUUUCAGAACAGAUGAUGUCAUCUUUAGAAGGUCAUGAGCUAGAGCGGAACAUAUCUCGCACAGAUAGUGGUGUCUUAACAACAGAAACAGGUGAUGGAGAUAAAGCACUCCAUUCUGUUACUAUUACAGCAACAUCUGUGCCAUCGUCAACACCAGACCAGAACACAGCUUCUAUGUGCACGCAGGUUACCUCUGAAACUCGAUCUGAAGCAGAUUUAACUGAAAGUGAGCAGUUUUUUCGCGCUAAUGGACCCACUGAAGUAGAUUAUGUGCCUGAGUACGAUGAUGAGGAAGUACAAGGUGCGCGGCCAGCUGCAUCCCCUAUUAUACCUUCAGUACUGGAGGUUGCAGGAGCUGUAGCUGGCCCUUCAGAGGGCCCAAAGAAAGUUGCAAUCACUGAAGAAUGUUAUGAAACUGAAGCUGAUCAAGAGUAUGGCCAAAUGAUGAGAGAGAGUGAAUAUUCAGACAUGGCUGAAGCAGAGCUCCAGUAUUCUCUAGAGGAACAACCAGAAGCCGAGAUGAGUAGCAUGUUAAUUAUUGAUGAACCUAUAGUGAGACCAAAGACACCAGAACCUGGCUAUAGACCUUCAUCCCGUCCCACACAAAUGAUAGUUCAGUCUCCUGAAGAAGCAGAAUUCACUGAAGUAGAUAAACGUUUCAGUGCUGUUUUUUCUACGACUUAUGAAGAAAGAGAAGAAGGUGCUCGCUCACUUAUGCCUGGCAUGAGCAUUGAUGUUCCAGAUAUAACAAUUACUGAACAUACAUUGCCAAUGCCAAGCCAAUAUUGUUAUCCUGAUCUUGAACGUGAAGAAGACUUUCCUGAAUGCAGAGCACUGGCUGAAGCAGAUACUAAGGGUUCUGAAAUUCCAGCUACACCAGGAUCUCAGGAAUCAGCAUCAACCUGUGCCUCAAGAAAAUCUUCCUCCACUGAUUCUGAACAAGGACGAGAAUAUUGCCUUGAUGAGAAAAUAGGUGCUCCCUCAUUUGGAUCUUUUGAAAUGAUUGAAGCUGAUGACAUAGAUGAUAUUUCUGAGUUUGAAAGAACACUAUUUAUGCAUGAAGAGCGUAUGAUGGAAAUGUCUCAAAUUAAAGAAGAGGACGAAGAAUAUGAAGAGGAUGAUGAUGAUAAAAGAGUCAGUACAUCUCCUAUUCCCAUCCCAAGUCAGUUAAAAGCAGUAAAAUUAGAUAGUGCGGUUGGUUUUGGUGAACAAAAGAAUGAUACUGAAGACAUUCAAGAUUCUGAAUCAGACCCAAGCAUUGAAGAGCAAAGACGGUGGCUAGAGUUACAGUUCGAAGAAAGCAGUGCUGCUCAGUAUGACUAUUCACAAGGCUUUAUGGAACAUGUCUACUCAGGUCCUCUUGAAGAUAUUGAAGAAGAAAGGGAGGAUGCAGAACGCCGAGAUUUUUCUCAUAUCACUAAAAAUUCUUCUUUAUCUUCAACACCAGAGUAUGAUGUUUUAGCUGGAAGGAAAUUUUUUACUCGUAGCGGUGAACAUGAUGAUAUUUCAAUGAAUUCCCUCCAAGAAUUUGAAAAUCUGGAAAGGGCAGUAGCUGUUGAAGCAGUUGUAAGAAGAUCAAGUUCUGGUUCACAAGAUUCACUAAAUGGGAAACGACCCGAUGGUAAGAGUGGACAAGGUGAUGACAUCUCCGUUGGAUCAUUUGCAUCUCUUCAAGAAUUUGAAAGGCUUGAAAAGGAAUGUUUAGUUGUAGAAGCUAUUGAAAAGAAAGCUCAAGAAGAGGAGGCAAUGCUUUCAGAAAUUGAAGAAGGUCAUGAAAGUCAAGUUUCAGAAUCUGAAAGUUGUGAGACUUUAUCAGAACCUGGAAGGGGAUCAGUAGAUGGAGAGGAGUAUGACCAAAGAAUGUUUGAAAUAGAUGAAAUAAUUCGCCAAGCACAAACUAAUGUAGAGAAAUUUGAUAAAAAUAAGCCAGGGUAUGAAGGCGUACAGUUACGAGAUAUUGUAAGUGUUGAUGUAUCUGGUGAAGAUGGAACUGGUAGUAGUCAGGCAGAUCGUACUCCCAGUGUUGGACGUGAAGAGGGAGAUGCAGAUUCCUUAGAAGAGGCACAGUUGCCAGAACUUGAUUUAGAUCAGACAAGCGUAACAGGCACAGCUGCUUCUGCAAAACAGGAUGUUAUGAAUGUCAGUACGGAUAGCAUUGAAGCUUCAACUAAAAAUAAAGUCCCACGAGAAACAAGCCAAGACUCUUUAGAAAAAGUUGUUAUAAAAACUGACCCUAUGACUGCCAGUGCUGACAGUAUUGAAUUUGCAAUACACCAGGAUGUUAUGACAACCAGUAUUGACUCACUAGAGGGUCGGCAAAAACGUCAAGACCCAAUGUCUGCUUCAACAGACUCGAUAGAGCCUGGAAAGCGUGAUAUAAUGGCAUCUAGCAUUGACAGUUUAGGAAGAGAUGAUUCCAGUGGUCGUGAUGCUGAUAUAAGCUCAGGUAGUGAACAGAUAAGACCUAUUCCUAGAGAUGCUUUAAUGGAAUGUAGUACAGAUUCUUUAGAACCAACUUCAUCCCAAGCAACGCAUGCUUAUCAGUAUGACACAGAUUCUAUAAUGUCAGGCUCUUUCACUAGCGGUUGCUCAAAUACUUUAGUUGCCUCUGCUGAAGAUUUUCCCGACAUGAUGACCUCCUCUCUCUAUCUUCCAGAAGGAGAACUACCCCCAGAAGGGGAGCAAUAUGUUCAGUAUAUGCAUUCAAGUAGUGGCUCAGCAGUACAGGUUAAAAAGGCAUCAGAUGAGCCAGGUUAUUCCCACACAAUUACACGUGUAGUAACUUUGCCACCUGAAGCUCGUCAGGUAAGCUUUACUGGACCCGAUGCACAAAAGAAACUUGAAAAAUAUCUUCGAGAAUUUAAUGCAGGGGAACAUUCCUCACAAGAUGAAACUGUUGAUGGCGAAGGCAAUGUCCACAUCCGCCGAGUAACACAAAAAAGAGUAGUAGUAGAUCCUCGUCAGACGCAUGAACAUGGAUUCUCUGUUUCAGACCCAAGUAUUGAAGAAAGUGAAAUAAGAGAUGAGCAUGGUAAUGUGACAAGAGUUGUCCGUCGUACAGUUGUUACCACACACACUGUUGAGGUGGAUCUUGAUACUGGGGAACCUGUUCAACAAUUCUGUCCAACAACCCAAGCCUCCUCCUCAUCCUCAUCCUCUUCCCGUAUCCCAAGACCUGUAACCAGUCCUCCUUUAGCCUCCCGGCUCCCCCGUCCUGGUCCGCCCCCUGGGUCGCGCGGCCCCCGUGAGCCCGUCCCCCCCUCCCUGGAGCCCAACACAGUCUCAGACGUUGUGCAGCCGGACAGUGGAGCAGGGGCGCGGCAGGCGCCAGGUUUAGAUGUUGAAGAGAUGAGCAAUAUUAUGGAGAGUUACACCAGUGAAGGUAGUGACCUUAUCACCACCACUACCCAUACCACCACCAGUAUUGAUCCUGAUCCUAUAACCUCUACCCAAAUCACGAGGAUCACCAGGAGGACGGAAAUCAAAGACGGGGAAAUAAAGGAAGAUGUCUAUGAAGAAUACUAAGGAGGAUUUAGAGAAGGAUAUAUUAAACAACUGUGUGCGUUUCCUCUCAUUCCUCCUUAGUGCCUAUCUGCCUUCCUGCCUACCCUUAAUACUACUGCCAUCUCCACCAACAAUACUACACUAGUGUCAUCGCCACAAACACCCCUUCUUUCCUUUUAAUAAUUCCAUCAGGAAUUUAUUUGAAGGCCUCAUAUGUAUUCAUUUUCAUCAUCAAUUCACUUUUAAAUCCCAGUUAAUUGAUGGCUUUUUCCUUAAUUAUAGUAACAUUUUUUUUGACCUAAUUUUCAAGAACACUGUCCCUUGUAAGAGGUUUGUUAAGUGGUCAGUGUUGUAAAAAAAAAAAACCAGCAGCAGCAGCAGCAGCAGCUAUUGACAUAUCGGUUGUCAAAGGAUCUAGUCAGGACCGAUAGCACUUGAGAGAAAUCUAAUUUUUUAUGAGUGAGAAAAUUUUUAAAAAAUGUGACCUUUCUUGAUAAAAAAUAUACAGUUUUAUGUUACCUAUAGAAUUAUGUUCAGUAUAACCAUGAUAUGGUUACUCUACUGUAAUUACUAUAAAUGCCAUUUUUAAAAUGUCCAUGAACGAUCACAUAUUUGUAAAGGUGCACACACCCUCUUGAACCGUCAAGGUGUUCGUAGAUUAAGUGACGUUCCCUCUGUGACAUGGCGUGUUUCAUCCUAGUAUGACACUUAUUAUUACCAUUAAGAAUAUGUAUUGCUGAAAAACCUGUAUUAUAAAACUUUAGCCACGGGAUGAAAUAGGAGGCCAAGGUUCCAAUAGAAGCUACUGUAAUCAUUUUAUUAUUCUGGCUCUUAGACAGGUAGAAUGUUAAUAUUGUGGCUUAUGAAACAUCCAGUUAUGGGCAUGUUGAAUAAGAAUGCUAUAUUUCCACAAAUUUUAUGUAUCAAAUCUUUAAAUUUGUUUUCCCAUUUGUAAGCAACUUGAGGCAAGAUUAAAGAAUACAAGCCUGGGAUAGGGCCUUGUGUGGUGUAAGAAACUAAAAUAAAAUACAGGAUAAUUAACAACAGUUUCCCAGCAUUUAGGUAACAAAUUGUAUCUUUCAUGUACUUGUUUCCCCACAUGGUCAUAAGUGGAUGAAAUAAUAUAUAUUGCCUUAGCACCUUAUUCCUAGAUUAUAUUCUCUGGCCAACAGUUGUUAUUAUCUUGAUUCUUUUGAGUUGGUCUUGACUUAAACUGCUCUGUGAGGUGGGGAGAGGCCUUUCCUGCGAUAAUAUAUUUCUUAGGCCUACUCCUUGUCUCUUGGGUUUAACUCAAGACUUUGUAGCUCCAAAUAAUGUGGUCACUUAUAAAGUUUUCAAAAUAAAAUGCUUAAUGUGA